AUGACGCUAAAGGCUUCCGAUUCCUCAGCUCACAAACGGCUCGCGGCUUCAGGGCCUUCGCACAUGGAUAACCUUCCUGAUGAGAUUCUCACCUGCAUACUAGAGAAGGUUGUCGCUGGCGCCAACUCUUCCGCUGACGUCAUCAACGUCCUCCUCACGUCCCGUCGCAUGUGCGAACUCGGCACGCAGGCCCAAGUGCUCCAAAAAGUGUCGCCUCUCGCGCUCGCAAUGCGGGCACAGUCGCUCUCCGAAGGGUCGCACAGGUUCUUGCAAAAGUGCGCGAUUUCCGGCAACACAGACGCCUGCUACAUUCUCGGCAUGAUUAAGUUCUACUGCCUUGGGGAUCACCAGCAGGGAGCCACGCUAUUGGCCAAGGCGGCUCUCGCGGCGCACCCGCACGCGCUGCACUCGCUCGCCAUCAUCCACUUAAACGGCAGCGGCGGCACGCGCUACGACCGCGACCUGGUCGCGGGAGUUCUGCUCUGCGCGCGCGCCGCGGCUGCGGGACACGUGGAGGCGCUGCGGGAAUUGGGACACUGCCUGCAGGACGGGUACGGCGUGCAGCGGGAUAUUCCCGAGGGCCGCCGAAUGCUCCAGGAGGCGAAUGUGCGCGAAGCUGCGCGCGCGCUCGCCUGCUCCGUCGCGAUGCCGCGGUGUGCUGCUCCGUUAGUAACCCCUGGCGGUGCCAUGUCGCAUUGCGGGGCGACUGGGAUGACAGAGAUGACUGGGAUGACUGGGAUGUCUGGGAUCAGUGGGACGAGCGGAGCGACGGUUUGCAGUGGCGUGCAGGUGACUCCACCUGCCGCUCUCCCAGUGGCUUCGGCUGGCGCCGGCUCUCCCGGUUCCAAAGAAAACGUUGCAGUGGGUGUGAAAGAGAGCAGCAGGAAGGCCGAUGCGCACGUUCCGAGAGCCCAAGUGCUGACGCGUGCUGCUGCAGUUUCAAGCACGUUUGCACGUCAGCACGCGUGUGCCACAGGUUCCUGGAACCACGGACGGAGCAGUGACGCUUCUGGCGUGGCUGGCACGUCGCACCAAGCGGAAAUCGUACUCCACCGCGUCUCCUCCGGUUCGAGAGUCGACUUGAGCGCGCUGCAGAGCAUGGGGAGCCCUGAAAGCGUGGCGAGACCAAAUGAAUCGCCGACUCUCGAGGCAGGGGGGAUGGAGAGAGCGGGUCAUGAUGGGCAGCCUCCGCAGCAGUCUGGGCUGCAUCAGCCGCAGAACCAACAGUCUGAUCGCCAGUCCCAGCACGGGCAUCAGUCUAGCAUCCAGCACUCUGAAGCACAAGCAUCUGGUCGCGGUACCCAUGCGCCUGUUGGUGCUACUACAAUUCCUGGUGGACUGGCAUGGGCUCGUGCCGCUGCCUGA